AUGGCUCCUACCGCUUUGGAACAGGAGAACCACGAGCGCGAUGCGCAAUUCGCCAAGGCUCUGCACGGCAAAUCUGCUCAGGCCCAGGGUGGUUUCGCCGCCAUGCGUGGAAAGGACGCUGCCGCGCAGAAGGCUGCUAUUGAUGAAUACUUCAAGCAUUGGGAUAACCAGGAUGCCGCCGACGAGACCGAGGAAACUCGCGCUGCCCGUCGUGCCGAAUAUGCCACCUUGACCAGACACUACUACAACCUUGCCACCGACUUGUACGAAUACGGAUGGGGUACCUCUUUCCACUUCUGCCGAUUCGCCUACGGCGAGCCUUUCUACCAGGCCAUCGCCCGCCACGAGCACUACCUCGCUCACCAGAUGGGCAUCAAAGCCGGCAUGAAGGUGCUCGAUGUCGGCUGCGGUGUGGGCGGCCCCGCUCGUGAGAUCGUCAAGUUUUCCGACGCCAACGUCGUCGGUCUGAACAACAACGACUACCAGAUCCAGCGUGCCACCCGCUACGCCGAGCGCGAGGGCCUCAGCGACAAGCUGAGCUUCGUCAAGGGUGACUUCAUGCAGAUGAGCUUCCCCGAUAACUCGUUCGAUGCCGUCUACGCUAUCGAGGCUACCGUCCACGCUCCCGAGCUCGUCGGCGUCUACAAGGAGAUCAUGCGCGUGCUGAAGCCCGGCGGUAUCUUCGGCGUGUACGAGUGGCUCAUGACCGACGAGUACAACAACGACAACCCCGAGCACCGCAAGAUCCGUCUCGGUAUCGAGCAGGGUGACGGUAUCUCCAACAUGGUCCGCGUCUCCGAGGGUCUGGACGCUGUCAAGAACGCCGGCUUCGAGCUCCUGCACCACGAGGAUCUGGCAGACCGCCCCGACACCAUCCCCUGGUACUACCCUCUCGCUGGAUCUUUCAAGCACAUGUCCUCGCCCUGGGACUUCUUUACCAUCGCCCGCAUGACCUGGUGGGGCCGUGGUAUCGCUCAUCGCCUUGUUGGCGCCAUGGAGAAGGUCGGUCUUGCCCCCAAGGGCACGCAGAAGACUGCCGACAGUCUGGCUCUGGCCGGUGACUGCCUAGUCGCCGGUGGUGAGAAGAAGCUUUUCACUCCCAUGUACCUCAUGGUGGGCCGCAAGCCCGAGUAA